AGAUACGGUACUUGCCUACAAUAACGUAGGGUUUUAGGGUUUUAUGCCAUAUGGGAAUUUGGAAAGCCUGUAUCUACAGCUUGUGGGAUUUCAAUUUUCAGCACCAUGGCGUCCUCCUGCCGCUUGGCAUGGUCCUCGGCUCUUGCUCUCUGUUUCCUCUGCCUCUGCGACGCCAUUUACUCGCCAUAUGGGAAAGGGGUCCGGUUGGAAGAUGUUCAGGCCAUCACCCUCCACAGGGGGCAGAGGACUACGUCUCGUCGGUCAGGUGCUGUCCCCCAGCUGAACUGUGUGGGUGGGCCGUGCGAGUAUGAGCCUGACACGGUGCAGUGUGUGAAUGUGGGCAGUGACGGGAUGGAUGUGCAAUGGAGGUGCGAAGCGGACUUGCCGAGCAAUGUCAAGUUUGCUCGCACGCAGGUGACAUGUGAGGGCUAUGAGUACCCGGAUGAUGAGCGCGUGCUUGAAGGAAGCUGCGGUCUCGAGUACUCGCUAAAAACAGUAGGAGGCGGUGGAAGCUGGUUCAGCCAAAGCCGUGGUGGGGACUACUAUGGGGCAGGAAAGAGUCGAGUCUCAGAGCCUCCUCGCAACUCGUGGGGCGCUGGCCAGUGGAUUAUCCUCCUCCUUAUCAUUUACAUCGGGUACCAUUUGGGUCGAGUCUAUCAGCAAGGCACCCACCGGCCGCAAGCCCCCUCGUCACGUAGUACAGACCACCGCCCCUCUGCACCCCCACCGCCGCCGGGGGGUUUCUUUUCAGGAGGGGGUUCAGGACCUUCAGAUUCAUUUGGGAGUGGCUAUGGGGGCGGCUUCGGCGGUGGCAAGGCUAGCACGUCUGCAAGUAGCGGGAGUUCUGCUUGGGGUGGUUGGACAAGCGCAGCGGCAGGCUACGGACUGGGUUAUUUGAUGGGCAACAGGAGACGGGCACCUCAGCCAACGUCGUUCUGGGGGGGGCAGCCCAGGCAGCAGCAGGCUACCACUGGUUGGUUCAGCAGGGGCAGCAACAUGAGGGGUGGCAUGAACCGGGGGGCAGGUGCGUCAGGUAGCAACACGCAGGGGGCCGCAACCGAGACGAGAAAAGCAACAGGGUAUGCUAGUACGAGCCGUAGGUAAGCUGCUCCUGCAGGCAUGCUCUGGUGGAGGUUUAGGCGGUUCUGUGCAACCUUCAGGGAUGAAGAGUCCGCCACUGUACUUAGAGCUCCACUGGAGGCAGUUGGAGUGGAGUGAACCAACUUGCCAACAACGGGACAAAGAGGUCGCAAUUUCCAUUUUAGUAUAGAGUUCGGAAGGCUUUUAUACAGUUAUGAUCACUCAAUCACAUUGGCCUUCCCGGUGUUGUUGAUCAUCUCAGAUGUUCGAGUUGAUGUACAUAGAUUCAAGUCGUGAUCAGCAGCCAUGGUCACUCUUCAAUCCAACUAUACAUGGUGUCC